GGGGGGGUGUCUGGCGGGUCCCAGCUUGCCACCUCCCCGGAGACUUGAUGGCUACGGAAGGUUUGGCGGGGGCGCUGGCCACCGUGCUGGGGGGGAAGGGGUUGCUGGUGCAGAGCUGUGACUCGGAGCCGGCCGGCAAGCCGCUGUCGCCCGUGCGGCUGCGGAAGAAUGUCUGCUACGUGGUGCUGGCCGUGUUCCUCAACGAGCAGGAUGAGGUGUUGAUGAUCCAAGAGGCCAAGAGGGAGUGCCGGGGAUCGUGGUACCUCCCGGCUGGGAGAAUGGAGCCAGGAGAGACCAUCGUGGAGGCGAUGCAGCGGGAGGUGAAGGAGGAGGCUGGCUUGCUCUGUGAGCCAGUAACACUGCUGUCUGUGGAGGAGAGGGGCGCCUCCUGGAUCCGUUUUGUAUUCCUUGCUCGACCCACAGGUGGAGUUCUGAAGACUUCCAAGAAUGCCGAUGCUGAGUCCCUACAGGCUGGCUGGUACCCACGGGUCUCCCUGCCCACUCCGCUUAGAGCCCAUGACGUUCUGCCCCUGGUAGAGCUGGGUGCCAAAUUCUGCCAACAAGCCAUGCACCCUCUCACUCUGCCUCAAGAGCUUCCCUGCAGUGUGGUCUGUCAGCGGUUGGUGGCCAUCUUUACAACAGUCCAGUCGGUGUGGGUGCUGGUGGGCACAGUGGGGACACCUCACUUGCCCAUCACUGCCUGUGGCUUUACCCCUAUGGAGCAAAGGGGUGGCAUCAAUGUGGCCAUCUUACGGCUGCUACAGGAAUGUCUAACUCUGCACAGUUUGGCAGUGGAGACCAAGGGGUUGCUUGGGCUGCAGCACCUAGGCAGAGACCACAUGGAUGGCAUCUGCCUGAAUGUGCUGGUGACGGUGGCUUUUCGGAACCCAGGGAUCCAAGAUGAGCCCCCAAAGAUUCGGGGUGAGAACUACUUUUGGUGGAAGGUAUUAGAGGAAGACUUACAAAAACAGCUUCUACACAGAGUCCAGGAAUCUUCUGUCAUCCCCCUGAACAGAUAGACAGGUGCCAGCGUUGACGGGCAGCUGAGCCUCCUCCCUCCCUCUGCGGCAGGGAAGAGGCUGGCAAUGUGAGAUCUCAUUGCACUGUGCACAAGCACAGGGACCCCACACUGAGCCCAAAGGGAGGGUGCCGCGAAUCCAGUGCUCAAGGGCUCAGUUGUUCUGAGGGUACACAGUGCUUCUCUUUAAAGACGGUGAAGAGUGUUUUCAACCCUAACCGGCACAAUUUUAAUUUCUUUGUCCACUUUGGAAAAGCCCUCCCCCCACAUGUCAAUCCUUCCAAGCCCUUAGGAAUGUAUGGGGGGAUGGGACAUGGGGCCCG